AUGGCCGACAAGAAGAUCUUUACCGCCGCACAGUUGGCCAAACACACCCACAAGGAUAGCCUCUAUCUCGCCGUCCACGGCAAAGUCUACGACCUCUCGGGAUUCAUCGACGAGCAUCCUGGUGGAGAGGAGGUGUUGCUGGACGAGGCAGGCAAGGACGCGACCGAGUCCUUUGAGGAUGUUGGACACUCGGACGAGGCCCGCGAUAUUAUGUCCAAGUUAUACGUUGGAGAGUACCAAGCUGGCACUGGUGAGAAGGCCAAGUCUACCUAUGCCUCUACCCCCAAGCCCAUCCCUGCCGCUGAUCCCGUCGAGUCUGGAAGCAAAUUGCAAUACGUGAUUGCACUGGCUGUCAUCGCAGGAGCUGUCCUCUGGAAGGUCAUUCGCUAA